CACUGUCCAUUUUACAUCGACCAUAAACAUGCCAUUAGAGGCCACAAGCCAACUAAGUGGCAGGUACCCUUCACUACAAAAGAAUUCUCCAUUCGUCUACAUCCAAACUGCUAUAUAAGAGGCAAAAUUCUCCUGAUUUUAUUAGCUUCUAUCACCUCCAUUGGGCCACUCCACUAAAUUUAAUCUUCUAACGCUCGUCCCAUAAAUCCCUCCUCGCUUCCAUACACACCCAAAGAUAAACUAUUAUCAUGGGAAACGGACCAUCUAAGUCACGAUCGCAGUGUAGCAGGGGACAGUCUGGGGACUUCAAUAUUGAUCAUGUACAGAACAGCAAAUCAUCCCUUGCUGGGCACACUGCAGCAGCUGGCAGCUACCAAUCAGCCCCGCCACCGUAUACUACCUCUGCCACCUCAGAAACGCCCUGGUCUUCUGAAAAUGACGCUCAAGCUUCUCGAGCAGCAGCCCGAGUGGCGUAUCUCCGCCAACCUCUGCGUCAGGAAUCAUUGGAAGACGCGCUUGAGACACUGCGUCAAUAUGACACAAUUAUCCUCAUGGACGAUUCCUCGUCCAUGGCUGGUUCGUUAUGGAAGGAGGCAAAACAGGCUCUCGCCACACUUGCUGAUGUCGCGAGCCAAUAUGAUGCCGAUGGCAUCGAUAUCCACUUUUUGAACCAUUACGGAAGCAUAACAGGAGUUACAGACUCCAAAGCUGUCCAUGAACAAUUCGCCAACCUCCAGCCUCGCGGCCCUACCCCUAUUGGACAUCGCCUCGAUAUAAUCCUCGGCGAUUAUUUCCGUGACCUGGAUGCUGCCAAAAGACAGGAGGAUGCUGGUGACUAUUUUGCGCGCAAGCAAAUUAAGCCCGUGAAUGUGAUCAUUAUCACUGAUGGGGCUCCAACGGAUGAUCCCGAGAGUGUAAUAGUCUCUUUUGCUAAGCGACUCGACGCCGAUAAGUGGCCACUUGCACAAGUUGGAAUACAGUUCGUUCAGAUAGGGAGUUCAAGACGCGCAACCCAGUUUCUCGUAGAAUUGGAUGAUAACUUGAAGCAGACACAUCACAUACGAGACAUCGUGGAUACAACACCCUAUAUCGGUCAACUGAAUGCUGAAAUGCUCAUCAAAAUUCUCCUAGGUGGCAUCAAUCGCCGCGUGGAUACCAAGGGUGGUGCUGCGGUCAUGUAUUAGGAAAUUUGGAAUUGCAACGUGGCGAGACACUUUAUCAUCACGAAAUUCCCCAGUUCUACCUGCCAACAAUGCUACCAGCGCCAAGAGACGCACACACUAGAACAAAUAUUCGGAGAUGUUACACCACCCGCACACGACGACGAAGAUUGAACGACACCCAUACGCUGUAUCCUAUCGCCUUUGGCCGACCUUAACUCCUGUCUGGACCAAUGCGCGGUCAACACAUGACUCACGACAUAUACUUGCUUAUUUUGUCUACCGUAGGGCACGGCACCAACGGCUGUAGAAAAUAUAGUAUUAUUCGUGUACACUAUGAGCCUCAUGACGAGUAUUGAAUAUCGAAUUACGAAUCCCAAUCUUCCAAUGCAAAU